CUAAACAAGAAGAAACAAGAUCAUAAUCUAGAGAAGAAGAAAAAAAGAAGAAAGAAAGAAAGAAAGAGGAAGAAUAUAUCUAAACUAUUUUGGUUGUAAAUAUGCCUUUCAACUUGGCGGUGGUGGGUACGCAGACAACACUGUGUGGAGACAAGUUAGGUAACCUCAUUUUGGAAGUAGCUAAAAACUUUGUUAUAUAUUUGGGGAUGGUGAUUGCGUGCAAUGGUUUACGUUUUCUUCUAAAGCCUUAUAAACUUCCUCGCAUUACUUCAGACAUAAUGGUAGGACUAACUGUGGGAAACAUAGGAAUUGUGCGAAGGCUGUUUCAGAAAUUCAACCUGACAUUUGGGUUCAUCAUAGAUUUUGGAAUGAUGUGUUACAUGUUUGCAUUGGGGAUAGAGAUGGAUCCACGAGUGCUCCUUGCAAGACCAGCUAAGUACACAAAAGUUGCUGUUUCAGGAGUUAUAUGCACGUUCAUCGUUGCAGGUCUUAUGGCUCCAAUGCUCCAAUUCUUCCCUGGUGAACACAGGGUUCUGGGUUUUACCCUCUCCCUCGCCACCAUGCUCACUAACACAGACUCACCUGUGCUCACUCGUUUGAUGACUCAGCUCAAGAUAGGAAAGUCUGAUAUUGGCAAGCUUAUGAUUGGAGCAGCAGUGCACUCAGAUUUUCUUUGCUACUUGAUCCUUUCAAUUGGGUACAUAAUCCUGCCAUUGCCACAAUAUUGUAACCAAUUUCAAGAAAUGAUGGAUUUUAAGCCUAAACCUAGGGAGAGCAUCAAAAUGGGGUGUGCAGUUUUGGUGCAAGUAGUGUUCACUUCUAUGGUCUCUCCAAUGCUUAUGAAGUGGGUUAGCAAUGAGAACCCUGAGGGUAGGCCCAUGAAGGGUCCACACUUGGUGCUCUCACUAGCCUUCAUGGUGUUAAUGUGUGCCUUCACCACUUUGUAUGAUUAUAGCCCUAUGUUGAGUGCUUUUCUUGUAGGCCUUUGUGUUCCAAGGGAGGGUAGAGUUUCCAAAUGGGUUAUCACAAGAAUCAACUACAUGUUGACCUCUAUUUUCUUUCCCAUCUUUUUCUUGUGGAUGGGGUAUGAGGCCAAUUUCAGGAUGUUUGAUGUACGUCAUCCUUUGACAUGGGUCAGAUUUGUUUCGCUCUUGAUAGUGGCAACAGCUGGAAAAGUUGCUGGAACAAUUAUCGCUGGGGCCAUGCUGGGAUUUCGCUGGCCUGAAUCAGUUGCAAUAGGAUUGCUUCUUGUCACUAAGGGCCAUUUGCAUAUCUACUUGGCUAUCAAAGUGAUAGGUUGUGGUGCUGCAAGUGUUUCCACAGGCAUUGUGAUGGUAAUGGCAACCUUUUUAACAGCUUUGCCUGCCCCAGCAAUUGUGGCAAACAUCAUUAGAAGAGCAAAGAAAAGAGCACCUACACAUCGUUUGGCUAUUCAAUUGCUUGACCCUUCAAGUGAGAUGAGGAUCCUCCUGUGUGUUCAAGGGCCUCAGAAUGUUCCUGCCUCCAUCAACUUGGUUGAGAUCACGAGAGGAACCGCUGACGCCGGCAUUGUGGUGUAUGUCACUGACAUGAUUGAACUCACUGAUGAACUAUCAGACUCAUUGGAGAGGGACGAAGGAUUGCACGCAACCACAUUGAAAGACAAGGAAGUCAUGGACAUGAGAGAACAAGUUACCAAGUCAUUCCAAGACUAUGUGAUGGAGAAUGAUGAUGGCAUUACACUCAAAAGAACAAUGGCACUCUCAACAAUCACUACCAUGCCAGCAGACAUUUGCAUUUUGGCAGAGGACUUGAUGAUUGCCCUUGUCAUAUUGCCAUUCCACAGGAGCCAGCGUGAGGAUGGAAAGUUUGAUGCUGGUAAUUCAGGCUUCAGAUACGUGAACAGAAAGGUACUAAGAAGUGCCCCUUGUUCUGUUGGGAUUCUAGUAGACAGAGGCUUUGGAUCACUUGAACAGAUAUCAAAAUGUGAAGUAGAACUUAAUGUGGCAGUCAUAUUCAUUGGUGGAAAAGAUGAUAGGGAAGCACUUGCCUAUGCUAGCCGUGUGGCGCAGCAUCCAAAAGUUAAGCUCACAGUACUAAGAUUCCUGGUAGAUACCAGCAUAGAAUCCUCAACGUUGUACAGGAUCAUCCUUCCAGAGCAGGAGAAUGAGAUGAAGUCGGAUGAUGAAUGCUUUACACAGUUCUAUGAGAGGCAUGUGUUAGGAGGUAGGAUUUCCUACAUGGAGAAGCAUCUUGCAAAUGCUUCUGAGACCUUCUCCACUCUCAAAUCAUUUGAAGGGCAAUACUCAUUGGUGAUUGUUGGAAGAGAAGGAGGAAUGAACUCUAUUUUGACACUGGGCAUGAAUGAUUGGCAACAGUGCCCGGAAUUGGGACCAAUAGGGGAUGUUCUUUCAGGAUCAGACUUCUCAGCCACUAUUUCUGUUUUGAUCAUCCAACAACAUAGGCUUAAAGGAGAAAUAGAUGGGUUGGAUGAAGACUUUUCUAUAAUAUGAUGUUAGAUGGAUAGGUAGUGUAGAAGUAGAUACUAAUUGUAGAAAGGAAACAGGUAACUGCUAGAGUCAGUUAGUGAUGAAAAUUGUAAAGAUAACAUCAUCUUAUUCAAGUUCCAUCUAGCAAUAGGAAUGUGCCAUCUUCAUGUUUACUCAGGCUUCUAAUGCUCAUGACUUUCUUCAGCAUAAGCAUCUUCAAUGUACAUUAUUAGUCCUCGAAAACUUCACCAUCUCUGUCUGCAAUUCAAAGUUUGAAUAUGCAGGCAAUGAUACUCUCAGCAAAGUGUAAAUAUGACAAUGGUUCUGUUGUAGGAAGUAUGGUUUGUAAUUUCUACUGUGUGUUUCAUCGAGGGCUCUUACUUUGCCUCAAUGGUGAGUUAGCACAAACAUAUUUCCUAAUGUAUUUGGUUGAUGUUAAUGAAUAGA